AUGCCAAGAACAAUCAAUCAGCCAGGAAGCAACCAGGCUGACAACCCACUCUUCUUCUACAUGCCUGAUGGCGAAUGGGGAGAAUUUUGCCAAUGGCACAAGUCGAGCUUCAGCGUAUCCAGAGCAGAGAUCUCUGACCUCAUUGGACACACCAUAGACGAGACAGACCCUGAUGGAACCAUAACCUUCAACUGCGCUGAGCAAUUUAUGAUGUACUGCAAAGCUGCGAGAUUCUACGACAUCCCGACACAAGAUCAAGUCCUAGCGGCAAGCAGCCCCAAGGAACAGAAGAGGCUAGGCAAAAAUGUCGAUGGGUUCACGAACGAGAGUUGGGAUCAGAUCAAGAGCGCCGUCGUCGAGACAGGCAACAAGGCAAAGUUCGGACAGAACGCAUCCUUGGGCCGAAGACUGCUAUCCACAGGCGAUCGGCUGCUCUGCGAGGCUGCGUCGAAGGAUCGCGUUUGGGGGAUUGGAUAUACCGCUAAACAUGCCUUGUCUCACCGUCAACACUGGGGUGAGAAUCGGCUGGGCAAAGCUCUCAUGGCGACGAGAGAAUACCUAAGGAGCGAGGAGGCCCGGAACAAGAAGCCUUGGGAGCAAUAUGAGGCAUAA